GCUUCAGUAGCCGCUCGUACGUCGACCGGAAAACUUUUCACGUUACGUCGUCCUUAGACGCGAAGCGCGCCAUCGUCGGCGAGGGAUCGCAGGGGGGCUCGCAACCCCUCGAUCGUUCGGUGUCGAUUCUUUUUUUUUUUCAUCCGUUUUCGAGAGUUCGAGCCGCGUCAGCUCGUAAUUCAUCGAAAACUGAGCGCGGACAAUCGUAAAAAAUUAAAAAAAAAAAAAAAAAUUGAAGAAACAGAGUCCAGGAAUAUAUAGUGCAGUGUGUCUCUCUGAAUCAAUGAAUCGUCUGCCGUCGACGGAUCUCGUUGGAGCCUGAAAGUGUCGAUAUGAAGGCAGAUCUGUGACGGAUGAAUGAGCGCGCGCGCGUGUAUAUGAGUGCGUAAUCGAGACGAGAGCAUAUCCAAGCAUCAUGCAAAGUGUCGCGGGAUACCGAGACGCGCGUUCUACCCUUUCCGCGACGCUUCUUUGCAUUCUUCUUGUCGCCGUUACCGACGUUCGAGGACUAAGCAAUGUGUCGAUUGACAUUCCAUUGGCAGUGGCAGCUGGUACAACAGUCAACAUGUCUUGCAAAUACGAUUUACAAUCGGAAGCCCUUUACACUGUCAAAUGGUACAAAGGUUCAGAAUUUUUUCGAUAUGUCCCUAAAGAAAUGCCACCGAUCGCAGUAUUUGGAGAUCUCGGAACAAAAGUCUUGAUAAAUCAAAGCGACGCGCAUCAAUAGUCCUACAGGAUGUUACAACCCAAUCAUACUGGAAAA